GUGGUGGUGGUGGUAGUGGUGCAUCCCGCAGUGUGUUUACCCAGGGUGAGGUGCCUCGCGCGCGCGACUAGGCGGAGUCGCGCCUCUCCGUCCGCUCCCGCUUCCGCUUUCGCGUCUCCCCGUGACCGCUUCGCGACGGAAGAGCGGCGACGAGGAGCGACGUGUACCUAACCGUGACCCGUUCUGCGUAUAAUACUCCAUCUGUCCACCUGCCUACCGAUUUACCUGUCAGUCUACCUAUCUAUCUGUCUGUCCACCCUGUGUUUGCCUCUAUCUAUUUACCCAUCUACUCAUCUACUCAUCUUCUUACCUAUCUACUUAUCCGUCUACCUGCCUGCCUACCUCGCACCUAACGUUGACGUGUCAGAAGAGGCGUUGCCGCGGCGUCCGAGCGGCCUCCACCUUCAAGGAGACCGGAUAUACCUAACCGACCACCACCUUCUCCGACUUCCGCGCGUCUCACUCGCCGAGUUCGUCGUGGAAGGAUCUUUGCCUAAGGACACGUCUCAGCGAUCAUGCCAGGGACGAGCUGAUGACUCUCGACGCCUGCAAUGAUGUGACAAUAAAGAUACCUCCUUCUACUCUCUAAUAACUCGGGGAUCAUCCCUAUCGCACAGUGCUUCCUAAAGAAAAGAACACACACACACACACACGCACGCACACGCACACACACACACACACACACACACGCACGCACACACAUACACUCGCACAUACACACACAUAUACACGAGCACACACACGCGAUCCGAAGAUCACGCGCAAAAAAGCAACGCCAAACCGCCGGCCGUGAUCGGCGUGAGGAAAUCGGUGCCAAAAGUCGACACGGACAAGCCGCAAGAACCAACCCCGCGAAACUGUGUCAAAGAAGAAUCGACGGGGGUGCAACGGAGAGGAGAUAGAAAGACACGUAGCGAGAAGAAGGAACAGCGGAGUGGAAGAAGAGAAUAGAAGAAAGAUACACAGCUGCGGCAGAGGAGAGGAGGUGGGUGGAUCAGGCGGAUAUCCUGAGGAACGAGGGAAGGAACGGUGCGCGACGCGGCCAGGCGUGCAGAGGCGUGCUAGCUAAGGAGUGUCGAGCCGGAAACACGAAGCCGGGCAUCACGAGCACGGGGUGGUGGAGGUGGUGGCGGUGGUGGUGGUGGUCUCGUGGUGGUGGUGACGCAGAGCGGCGGGUUCUAAGCCGGAAUAAGAGCACUUAGAAUGGGCAACAAGCUGUCCUGCAGUUGCGCACCCCUAAUCAGAAAGACGUAUCGCUACGAGGACUCCCCAUGGCAGGCCGGUGCCAGGGGCGGAAUGGGCGGCGGCGGAGGGCGCAGGGGUGACACUGGCCACUUGCUCAGGUGCGGAAGCUUAAGAGAGAGGAAGAGGCUGUGGGCCGAAGUGUUCCAUGUAAACGCGAGCGGCACUGGGACCGUCAAGUGGCAGCAGGUGUCGGAGGAUUUGGUCCCAGUGAACAUCACCUGCAUACAGGACUCCCCGGAAUGCGUUUUUCAUAUCACCGCGUACAACAGCCAGGUCGAUAAGAUCCUAGACGUGCGGUUGGUCCAGCCAGGUACGCGCAUCGGCCAGGCGUCGGAGUGCUUCGUCUACUGGAAGGACACGGUGACAAACGACACGUGGGGGCUAAACUUCACGUCCCCCAUAGAUGCCAAGCAAUUCAGAGAAUGCUGCUCACCAUCGUUCAAGAUUUCAAGGAAAGCGUCCUCUUCUUACUCGUUGAAGCUCGAGCCACCGAACAAGCAGAAGAUCAAAACGCGCCGAAAGCCUCUGUCGACGCCGGCCUCGCCGAGCCGAUCUAGAGAACCGCAGUGCACCUGCAUGACGCCGGAACAGUUCGCCAGACUACGUAGCCAAGAUGCCAGAUAUCGAAAUUCAUGCGGUCCGGUUUGUACUAUUUCAGGGCCGUCUACGCUUCCACGGACUAUGGCGCGGUCCACAGAAAUGGAGAUGACCCCGGGACGGGACAAGAUCACGGCGGCCACAUCGAGCGCGUCUCUCUACGACAACGUGAACAAUCCUACCGCGACACCAGGGAAAACACCAAAGGCCGGCGACUCGGCCAAGCAGAAGGAGAAGCAGAAUGAGACGUGUCAGACGACCCCGAAGACUGCCAACAUCGGGAUCGGUACCGUCACCGUGGGCUCGCAGAUCGACAGCCCCGAGGAGAAGGGCUCCUCGAUAUCGCCGAAGAAAUCCCAGAAACAGAGCCAAGACACGUCCACCCAGCAGAACGGCAUCGAGAUGCUGAAGUCGGAGGGCACACAGGCGGGCGGCACCUUGCAGAGCAAGUCGCUGCGCAAGGAGCAGCUGCAUCACACCAAGUCGGCCGACUACACCGAGCUGGAGAUGCAGAACGGCAACAUCUUCAACAUCGUCAACAACAACCACGGCGGGCACAAGUCGAAGAGCAAGAGCACCGACGACAUGCGCAUCGAGAACGCGCAGAACGGCGGCAUCAGCCUCGACUCGAACACCCUGAAGCGAAUGCUGAAGCCGAUGCCGAGCAUCGACAGCCCGGUCACGUCGCCGGAGAUGACGAGGAAGCGCCACAGUCAUCACAGCUACCACUACCAUCCGAGCAAUAACAAUCAGAAGUACGUCAUGCAGGAGGUCGACAACGAGAACUACGCGCACCCUUAUCGAGCGCCCUACAAUAAUAAGUUCCAGGGCUCCAGGAGCGCCCACGACAUGAGUCGGCAAUACGCUGGCGGCAGAGGCAGGACGUACUUAGAUUCGGAACGUAAUCGGUGCACAGGUGACAUGUCGCCGCCCUCGGACAAUGUCAUCUUCGACAACCAGUGCUACGCCACGACACCGAGCUCGUCCAACGGCAACUCCGACAUGGAGCAGUCGAACCACUGCAACUCACGCCGCUGCAACGGCGGCCAGACAUAUCAACAGAGCAUGCAGUCGGUGUCGACCCCGGGCAGCCCGACCAGCCGGCUGCUCCUCGAGUACGAAAUGCAUCUCAGGAACACCCUGGCCAAAGGCAUGGACGCGGAGAGCUACAGUCUGCGCACUUUCGAGGCUCUGCUGACGCAGAGCAUGGAGAAUCUCGAAUACGCGGAAAAUAUACCGCUGAAUGUCCAGCGCACUCCUCAUGUGUCACGAAGACGUUCCAGUUCCAACAAGUCGUCGACGCUGCCGCUGUCGUAUCGCUACUGCAACGAGAGGCAGAACAGCAAAGACCGAGACGGCUAUUACAGCGACCGCAACGAGAUGGUGCGAGAGAAGAGAGAGCGAGACUCCGACCGAGACCGCGGCUAUCUCAGCGAUUACAACUCUAGAUGCGCCAGCUGCAUCGGGGAGUCAGCGCGCGCACAAUGGUUUCGGCAUUCCGACGGCUGGCAAUCCGGCAGCUCGACCCUCGGCUCCGGCGCUUCGAGUUCGAUAAAUCCAGGAUACUCGGCACACAAGAGAGACUCGCCCUGGGACUCUCUCCCGUCCUUGCGACACGAGGGCAGCCUCAACGACAGCGGCUACAAGUCCAACCGGACCGACUCUCUCGAACAAAGAGGUACUUUCGACAGACAGGACAGUGUCAGAUCCGACUACAUGUCCGACCGGGACGGCAGAUACGGAAUCGUUCAACAAGCUUCAUUGGAGAGUACCGACUCGAGGCUUUGCUACUUGACGUCUUCCGAGAUGUCGGACGACGACAGGAUGUCGCUCACUACCGCCGUAAGCGACGACGACGACGGCGAGAGUGUGAUAAAUUCGCCCUAUCGAGGAAAGCAGACCGGCACGGCCGCAGCUUCCUUCAACUGCACCGGUGCAGUUCGAAAGGCAGGAUUCCUCAGCGUGAAGAAGUGGUUACUGCGCAAGAAGCAUCAGAUCGAGCUGGCCAGGAAGAGAGGCUGGAAGGGUUACUGGGUUUGCCUGAAGGGCACUACGCUUCUCUUCUACCCGUGCGAGUCCCAGGAGAGCCGUGCCAUGGAGGCGGCACCGAAACACCUGAUCAUCGUCGACGGCGCGAUCAUGCAGCCCAUCCCCGAGCACCCCAAACGGGACUAUAUAUUCUGCCUGAGCACGGCGUUCGGGGACGCGUAUCUCUUCCAGGCGCCGUGUCAGGUGGAGCUGGAGAAUUGGGUGAACAGCAUUCAUUCGGCAUGCGCCGCUGCGUUCGCGCGCCAUCGCGGCAAGACCGGCACGCUGCAUUUGCUGCAGGAGGAGAUCAUCCGUCUGGAGAAAGCGAUUGAAUCGGACUACAAAAUGAAACACAUGGCGGACCUUCAGCAAUCGGUGGUUUCCGAUGUCGACACCAAGCAGCAAAUUAACAAUCAAAUCGUGCAGUGGGAGGAGAAUUUGGAGCGGCUGCACUGCGAGCAAUUCCGCUUGCGGUGUUACAUGGCCAGUUUGCAGAGCGGCGAGCUGCCCAAUCCGAAGAGUCUACUGACGCACGUGUCGCGCGCCACGAAGCAGACGCUGAACAAGCUCGGCGUAUUCACCGUGUCGUCCUUCCACGCGUUCAUCUGCGCGCGUAGUCCAUCCUUGCUGAACAACCUGCUGGCGGGCCGCGGGGCGACCAAGCGGAGGCCGCCGCUUCUGUCGAGGUCGAACAGCGGCUCGAGCAGACGCUCCCUGCAGAUCUCGUCCAGGGACGAGGAGAAGAGCGUGAAGGUGUCCGUGCCGGAAAAUCAGGUACGAUCGGCACAUCGGCUCGUGUCGGUGUUCCUGCGCGACGCGAUGACCGUGGAGGAGUUCUUGGCGAGCGCGUGCACCAGGAAGAGCCUCAACCCGAUGGAACACUUUGUGCGCGUGAAGAAGCGCCGGGACAUGGAGGACCACAACUACUUUGUGCCACAUAGGACUGAUUUGAUAGAAACAUAUUUGCAUACGCACGAAAUCGUGGAAGUCUGUGCCAAGAUUUUAUAUCAAGUGGAAUUGCAAAGAAACACUUUAGAGCAAAUGUGGGGCUUCUCCGUCGAGGCGGAGCUCAUAGAAAACUCCGACAGGCAGGACGAGCUCUGCUGCUACGUUAGUAGAGUGGAAGACAAGAGCGUCGCCAUGCAAAACGGAAUCAUUAAGGGCGACGAGAUUAUGGUAAUCAACGGCGCCAUCGUGAGCGACUUGGAUAUGAUGUACUUGGAGAGCGUCCUGCAGGAGGAGGUGGGUCUCUGUAUGAUGAUGCGAUCCUCCAGGACGGAGCCUCCGGAUCUCACGGGCAUUAUGCGAGUCACCGACGACAUAAUCGAGAGCUUAGUCUGCCCGCCGCCGCCCUCCGACCCGCCGGUCAUCAGCGAGGAAAUGAUCUCCGGUCUGAUCGUGCCAGCUCCCGGCUGGAGCAAGGAGAACAUCAUGCAGGAGUGCACGUCGAGCGGUCACAUGGACAACAGCAAACAGACCUCGCGCACGAACUCCUUCGAGAUCGAAAACCUUCUGAAGACUGCCGAGCAAGUGACGGGGAUCUGCCGGUCGCCCGGUGAGACCCGGAAGUCGAGUCCCACCGGGAGCGUCGUCAGCUCCCACUCGCAAGCGCUCACACCGAGCCGGCAGCUUAGCGACGCUGAGAAGCUGAAGAAAGUGAUUUUAGAACUGAUUGAGACUGAACGGACUUACGUAAAGAAUUUAAAUAAUCUGCUGGAGAACUACUUGGAACCCCUUAAACGCGAGACCUUCCUGUCGAACGCGGAGAUCAACGCGUUGUUUGGUAAUAUUCAGGAGAUCGUCACGUUUCAACGACAGUUCCUGCAGAAUCUCGAUCACGCCAUCGAGAUGGAGGCCCAUUUCAACAGCUUUGACCAUCCGAGUCAAUUUAAGGGAGUCCUGUUUUCCAUUGGAAGUGCCUUCUUAUAUUACGUAAAUCACUUCAAGCUAUACAGCUCGUUUUGCGCCAGUCACUCGAAGGCUCAAAAAGUUUUACAUCCAAACGAGGGAAAUCAAGCUUUACAAGAGUUCCUGCAAGCGAGAAAUCCCCGGCAGCAACACUCGUCGACCUUAGAAUCGUACUUGAUAAAACCUAUACAAAGAAUACUCAAGUAUCCGUUGCUGCUGCAGCAGCUUAGGAAUCUCACCGACGAACGAAGCGAAGAACACCAACACCUAAUUGAGGCGCUCAAAGGCAUGGAGAAGGUGGCGGAGCACAUAAACGAGAUGCAGAGAAUCCACGAGGAGUACGGCGCUAUUUUCGACCACCUGUUCAGGCAACACCAAAAGUCCUGCAAACAGCCGAUCGACUUGAGCCCGGGCGAUCUUUUGUAUUACGGCGGUGUCGAGUGGCUCAAUAUCUCCGACUUCCUCGGCAAGAUCAAGAAGGGUCUCGAGCUGCACGCGAUGUGCUUCGUGUUUAAAUCGGCCGUCGUGUUCCUGUGCAAGGAGAGACUGAGGCAGAAGAAGAAACUCAUGGGUGUCUCGACCAAGGCCAACUCCAGCGAGGUGGAGAUUAUCCGUUACCAGGUGCUGAUCCCGGUAACAGAGGUCCAAGUCAGAGCCAGCUCGGCCAAGGACAUGGAGUCCCACUUCCUGUGGGAACUGAUUCAUCUGAGAAGUCAAUUACAGAGGAGAUCGGAGAAAGUAUACGUGCUGUCCAACAGCACAACGGAAUUUCGCAACGCGUUCCUCAAGACGAUCCGGCAGAUCAUCCGGGAGUCGGUGAGAAACAUGAGCAUACCUUCGACGAAGCAGAACCUGAGCCAGGCGCCGAUGUCGAUGGCGCCGCGCAUGUCGACCGGCCACGUGGAGAAGUUCGACAAGCAGGUCGGCCAAGGCCAGGGCCAGGGCCAAAACGGGAACGGUGUGGCGAUGCCGACCGGCACUCUCUCGAAGAAGGCGGUGAAGCAGCAGCUGUUGGCCAGCUCGCACAAGCGGAAGUACAGCCAGUCCAAGCAGCCGGUGGAGCACGAGAGCUCGGAAGACAAGGACCAGGAAGAGCCACCGGUCGUCCAGCAGCAAACCACGUUUCGCUCCAGGAGCAAAACCAUCAGUGACACUUCCGGCGAGGUAAAAGUCGAAAUGGAUUCGGGGACGAAGUCGGAAGGUGAGGAAGACUCGCAGGCUUUUUUAGGCGAGAAGAAGACGAAUCUCGGCCGCACACCUAAUCAUCUGACGCUGAGCACCACGUCUACUAUCUCGGCGGGGAGCACUGGCAGCCAGGCUAGAUUGAUCCAGUCCUCUCAUCAGCCCGAGAACUAUCAGCCCAUUACCGUCAAGGAACUCGGUUCACCAAUCUGGAAGCCACGGGAGCUACCCUCUCUCGGGGAGGCCACCACGUUGCCGCGCAAGGGUAAGUCGGCCAGCGAGUUCGCGGACAUGAGCUCGAGCCACAGCGCCUCCCGAAAGUCUCUAAUAGAAAUCAACAAUUGUGCUCAACAACCUAACUUUAAUAAUCACGUUUAAGUUGAAUAAUAUCGAGGCUGACUCGCUAACGAGGUAAAAAUAUCGUUAAGUUCCGCCACCACACAACAACAACAACAACAACAACAACAACAACAACAACAACAACCACAACAACAACAACAACAACCACAACCAUCACCAACACCACCGUCACCAUUACCAGAAAAGCACCACAAUUAAACGCCACCACCAACACUACCACCACCACCAACACCAUCACCAUUACCAUCACCAUCACAACCACUGAACGAAACACACAGAGAUAAUUGUCCGAUAAUUACGAUUAUCACGAUGCCGAUACGCGAGACGCGCGUCCGCCGCCCGCGCGGAAAUUCGCCAAGACUGCACUUUCUCCCUUCGCUCUCUUCCUCGUUUUCGUCUUCCGACGGGAACCACCCCGUGCGAGCUUACGCGCACUUGUAUGUGUGAGUUUGCGUGUGUGUAUGUGUGUGUGUGUGUAUGUGUUGUAUGUGUGCUUGUUCAAGAGCCAACAGCGAGAAGCUCGAGCGAACUUUCACCUAAUUGUCUGCGAAUAGUUUUCGAUGAGAAGCAAACAGAAACAGUGACUCUCUCGCCCCGUUUGAAGCUGAUAAAAGCGUCUAAUGUGUAUCCAACGGGAGAAUAAUAUUUCGCAGCAUGGAGAAGCCUUGAUUUGACGCCAAUGAAAGGAGAACAUAUAUAAAUCCAUAAAUAAUUUCCGCUCUAAUCGCAAUUUAGUCGAGACGGUUAUUUUCCUCCCGUUGGAUAUUUAUUAGAUUGUCAGCAAUCCUAAACCGUGUGUGCUAAUGCUCACAUCUGCUCGGUGUCGGUUCGCUUCGUGAUCUUAUCGUGUCGAUUACAGAUAUCCUUGUUCUACUCCGCGGACGUUUUGUUCGCGCGAAUAGCGAAGGUUAUUACCUUCCUCAGAGGUAGAAGUAUAUUUUAUUCCGACGUUUACGCGAGAAAAAGAAGAACGUACCUUUUUCUCGGACAGAGGUAGAGAAUGUCGUCGGGCUCAUUAGUCGAUAGUUUUGAUUUUGACAAUCAUAGCGUGAACGAUUCUGAAGGAGACGUGACACCGAGCAGAUCACUGGUUUCUGAAACAGACAAACGAAAGAAAUCUUUAGUGAAUGAUCGAUCGCCGAUGAUCGUCGCGUCGAUCGCGAGAGAAUCGCCGCCGGGGGACGAUGGGGAAUUUCAUUUCCGAGACUCGAUUAGCAAAUGGUGUAACCUCGUUUGCCUGAGACGCACGUCGUACGCCUCGUUUCUCACGUCAUUUAAUUUAAUCGCCACGCGAUAAAAGGAAGUGCAGUCGGUUGCACCAAUCAACCCCGUCGAUUAAAUUUGCACUUGCUGCUCGGGACGAUAUUCUAAUUAUAAGAUAGUUAUUAUUACCUAACACAGUUAUUAUUGCGUAACGUUGUUGCAGAUUGCUAUCUAACAUGUAUGUCUAAUAUCGACGAUUGAUGUACAAACCUUCCGCAAGUGCAAAUUUCCCACUUCUAUUUUUUAUCUUAUUCUUUCUUUUUAAUGUUCAUAAUUUUUUUUUAUAAUUAAUCUUACAUUAACGUUGUGAACAGUUACACCGUCAAUAAAAUAUUGUCGUAAAACGGAUUUUUAAGUUUGUGACGCGACGCUGAAGCCGCGAAGAAUCAAAUGGGGGAAAGUCUGAAGUAUUGUCUUAAAAAUUAAAAAAUUUUUGGAAAAGACACAAGAAUUAAAGAUAAUUUUAUGCUCUCUUCUCUCUAAAUUCAAUCGUGUGUAAAAAGAUUAUUUUGUGAGAUUGCAGUCUUGAGGCAAGUUGUGAGAACCGCGCUCUAAGUAGUUGCAGACGCGUCUGCAUCAGACCCGCGUGUCUGACCGUGACGCGUCUGCAUCCACUUAGAGCACAGAAUUUACGACUCGUAUUUUAAGAAGGCAAGCUCAGAAAAUAAUUGCAUUAUAUAUGAUUGAAUUUGAUGUAAAAUUAUCUGUGAUAUUUGUCGUUAGAAACGUAUUGAUAUUCGCAAAAAUUCGCAAAAAUGAGAUGUUGAAAAAAUAAAAGGAAAUACCGAGAACUAUCAAGUUCUCGAAAGAUUUCAUAACCAUAAAGUACAUCGAAUAUCUUAAAAUUUUGUGUAAAAUAUUUUCUCCGUACACUUCACGAUUUCAAGGAUGCUCGUUCGUAAUGAAAUAUUAUGAGACAGCAUUUAUAAAAAAAAAAAAAAAAAGAGAAAAUACGAAUCUUAGAUUUGAUUUAUCUGUAUAAAUGAUAGACCCGUCAAAAUUAGUAAUUAUAGCAAGAGAUACCUCCAGAUUUCCCCCUUGUGAGAGAAGCGCGACUAAGGCGAGAUCGAGUGAUCGAGGUUAUUGGUGCAACGUACCUGGGAGUUCCAGAGAGGACGGGACUAAUCGUCGCCGAAACGAUCCUCUUCGAUAUACACAAUUUAACAUCACUCAGCGAUAUGUAGCGUCGAUCUUCAAAUAGAUCGCCGGAUUACAGAUCGCGAUCCGGUCCCCCCUCUUUAGAGUUUCCUGUAAUCGAGGCUACCUGGAUCACCAUCCUCACGAUUCAUUUCGCGUGGACGGCGGCGCGACAAUCCAGAGAUAAUCGAUACUCUGUAUAUAAUGUAACAAUGAUAUUAUCGUCAUUGUAUUAUCGAUCACGAUCGAGCGCGAUGCAUUGCUUCUCAUCAUUUCUCCUACACAUCAGUAUAUACAGACAUUACACAGAGAGCAUACAAACACCAACAAUAUAUACCCCCAUUCCAUCCCCAUUUUUUUAUUAUAUGAAACCGUCGCGAUGCAUCAUUGACGAUCGUCGGAUGACAGGCAGACAGCCAACAGACAGAGAAGACUAAAGAUCCGCGUUAUAAACGAAGAAGCGAAAAUAAGCGCGUAGCGAGUAAGUUUUAGCGAUUAAAGAGAAUCAAUUAAGAUAACACAAAAAAAAGAAAAAAACGUGUCGUGUGUAUAUAUAUAUAUAUAAAUAUAUAUAUAUAUAUAUAUAUAUAUAUACACACACACGUACGCGCGUACGCACGGCGGUCGCGUGUACGCAGAAAACAUAUAUGUAUACAUAUUAUACAUACGGGAAUAUUAUGUGUGUGAGAGCGAGGGUGGGUUUGUGAAUUGCAUUGUACGUCGUCCACGGUUCCUCCCCCCUACAAAAAAAAAGAAGAGAAAACGUUCCGCCGCGUGUUAAACCUGUUUUCAGGGUCGAGCAUCCUCGCCAACAUAGCAGACUUUAUUUUUAACGUUACUUAAGAUACAAAAGAGAGUGAGAAUGGCCGAAUAAAAAAUAAAUAAGGAGAGAGAGAGAGAGAGAGAAGAAGGGAGAAUGUGUGUAUGUGCGAGUGCAUGUGCGAAAAAGAGUGAAAAAGAACGCGGAAGAGAGAGAGAGAGAGAGAGA